AUGGGUCGGCUCGACCGGAGUGAUACGACGGCCUUACAGAAAACCGGCGUGAAACAACCACAGAGUUGUGUUUCGCCGUAAAUGGAAUACAGUUAUGAAGAGGAGGAGGGGAGUGACGUUGAGACCGAUUUGCGGCCGGUCGCCCGUCGGACGGCCAAGCACAUCGCCGCCGGGGAAGAACGACCGCGGAUCAAUUCCAGCCAACAAACCACCCCGACCGAUGGUUACCAAGAAAUUAGCCAACAUUUCGUAGCGAUAAGAGAACAAAGCGCUCGUCAUGCAGUGCAAAUGGACAAACAAUUGUUUUGUGAGAGCUGUCACGACAUCGUAUGCUGGCUGGUCCACAAUGGUAGCUUCACAAUGCAGGAGCACAAAGCCGCACGGCAAUUCACUGACUCGCAAAUGCCGAGGUGGCCGCACCAGCUUGACCUUUGCCUUGACGGCUUCGAAUCGUCGGAAUGGUAUACCAAUUACCUGAUCAAUUUGCACCACCCUAUGCAUAGUUAA